GAAAGGAAAGGCGCGUGUGUGAACAGAGCCGGGAGUGUGGGACCGAAAAGAGUCAGCACAUCACUGUGGUGUUAGCGGCUUUGCACUGACUCACCGAGCUCUCUGUAAUACUUUACAUUCAUUAAUAAGAGAGAGGGGGGGAGGUGCGUUAACAGUCCCGCUCUGGCGGAGCUUUAUCACGUGACACCAGGCGGAAGUAAACAAAGGAAAGGCGCUAAAACUGUUAGCUUUCCUCUUGUGUGCCUGAGCAGAGACUCUUCUGUUGUGUUGUGUUAUGUGAGCUGCGGCAGCAACGAUGCCUUCAGUUCAGUAUCUGAGAGAGUUUAUCAACGAGCGACUAACUGCUGCUGCUGAACAAAUAUUCUUGGAGUUUGAAAAAACGAUCGUCCAGUACGAGGAAAAGAUCGACCGUCAGCGCAGACUGCUGGAUAUCACCUGGAAACCCCAAAUCAAGCUGCACAGGACAGAACUUCCACAGCAGCCUGUCUGUAAGGACGAGGAGGUUCUCCCUGAGCCACAGCUCUGGAGCCAGGAGAGGAACUCUCUGCACCAGGAGGAACCAGAACUUCCACAUAUUAAAGAGGAACAGGAGGAACUCUGCACCAGUCAGGAGGGAGAGCAGGUUGGACUGAAGGAGGAGAUUGAUACCUUUAUGGUGACUGCUGCUGAGGAAAGAGACCACCAUGAACCAGAAGCAAACAGUAACCAGCUCCCUUUUCAAACCUCUCCUAUAGAUGAGAGCCAAAAUCACGGAGGAAGUAGGAAUUUAGACUCAGGGACAAAUAGUAACUUAGAAAGUCAGAGUAAUUCUGACACAGGUAACGAGUCUAUAACAUGUAAUCUUUGUGGAAAAUCCUUUAAGUAUAAGUACAGAAUGACUCGACAUCAGAGAAUCCACACAGGUGAGAAGCCAUAUUCUUGUGAAACGUGUGGGAAAAAGUUUUGUAUGUUAUCAACACUUAAAGGCCAUUUGACUACCCAUACAGGUGAGAAACCAUAUUCUUGUGAAAUAUGUGGGAAAAGUUAUACGCGAAGCAGUGGUGUGACCAUACACAUGAGAAUGCAUACAGGUGAGAGACCGUACCAUUGUAAAACAUGCAGGAAAGUCUUCUCAAGUAGUAGUCAUUUAUCGGCACACAGAAGAACGCACACAGGUGAGAGACCGUAUAAUUGUAAAACAUGUGGGAAAAUGUUCACAUCUAGCAGUCAUUUAUGGCGCCACAUGAAAACUCACACAGGUGAGAAAUCAUAGUCUUGAAAAAUUUAGAGAAUAAUGUCCGAGAAGCCAAGCGUGGAAGAAUAUCUGAGAAUUUAUACAGGUUCACAUGAGUACUUUCAGAGUUUAGAUACCUUUAAAUACCAUGUUUAUCAUGUAUAAGGCAGAUUUAACCCUGUAAGACCCAAUCCAUCAAUUCUAAAAAUAAAUCAUUUUUCUGGGGCGGGGCUGAGAUGUUUAAUAACUCUUAUAACAAAAUCCACAUUUUUAAUGUCAUGUUGUUUAUGAUAUAUAAUAGAAAUAUACUUUUUGUUUCCCUUUUGAUAAUUUGAUGUUUUUGUUUUGAUGAGAUAGAGGUCUUAGAAACUAAUGUAGCAAAUAUGACACUAAGGGUGUUAUAGGGUUAAUCUGUUCUCAUCAAAUGCGUCAAUGAAAAUAUGGUGACUAUCAAAAAAUGAAUUUUAGCUGUUUUAUUUAUUGAUAUAUUUCUCUGUGGCAAAGUUGAAACUCAAUUUGAGUACAACGUUCUGGAAUGGCCAUCUCAGUCCCCAGACCUGAAUAUUAUUGAAAUCUGUGGUGUGAGUUAAAGAGAGCUGCCCAUGCUUGGAAGCCAUCAAAUCUGAAUGAACGAGAGAUGUUCUGUAAAGAGGAACAGUCCAAAAUACCUUCAACCACAAUCCAGACUCUCAUUGGAACCCACAGGAAGCGUUUAGAGGCUGGAAUUUCUGCAAAAGGCGGAUCUACUAAAUAUUGAUUUCAUUUCUUUUUUUGUGGUGCCCAAAUUUAUGCACCUGCCUGAUUUUGUUUAAACAAUUUUUGCACACUUUCUGUAAAUCCAA